CAGAAACUCUGACACGAUACAGCGCGACUCUUUAUUCGUCUCAACCAGACACUCGUGUGGGUUUUCUUUACGCGUUUGAUCCGCUGAGCAGCGUCCGGGGCGCCGCUGCGCUCUCCUAAAAGUUUCUGGACACCGACUUGACAGGAUAAAUCGCCCGAGGGAGUUGGAGGGGAGGAAGAGCGCUGGCGGGCGAGCUGGCUGUGAGAGGAGACAGACCGCAGAAGAGAAGUAUGGCCGCGUGCGGUGCGUCCGCGCUCUUCCUGCUCGCCUUUGCAAUACUGGGAGCGAGCGCGCAGUACGGAGAGCGCGGCAUGUCGGUUCCCGAGCACGGCUUCUGCCAGCCCAUCACCAUCCCUCUGUGCACGGACAUCGCGUACAACGAGACCAUCAUGCCCAACCUCCUCGGCCACACGAACCAGGAGGACGCGGGGCUGGAGGUGCACCAGUUCUACCCGCUCGUUAAAGUGCGAUGCUCGCCGGACCUCAAGUUCUUCUUGUGCUCCAUGUACGCGCCGGUUUGCACGGUGCUGGAGCAGGCGCUGCCGCCGUGCCGUUCGCUGUGCGAGCGUGCGCGUCAGGGCUGCGAGGCGCUCAUGAACAAAUUCGGCUUCCAGUGGCCGGAGAGUCUCGCGUGCGAGUCGUUCCCGGUGCACGGCGGAGAGCUGUGCGUGGGGCAGAACACGUCUGAGCAGAGCGCACCGGUCAACCCGACUCCAGAUGUGACCCAAGCGACACCCGAGCAUCACAGGAAGGGCCGUUUUAAAUGCCCGGCUUCGCUGAAAGUCCCGCCGUACCUAAACUACCGCUUUCUAGGCGAGGAAAACUGCGGCGCACCGUGCGAACCCAAAAAACUGCACGGGGUGAUGUACUUCAGCGAGGACGAACAGAAGUUUGCGCGGAUUUGGAUCGGGAUCUGGUCGGUUUUGUGUUGCGCGUCUACUUUAUUCACCGUCUUGACUUAUUUAGUGGACAUGAAUCGCUUUAGUUACCCGGAAAGACCCAUUAUAUUCCUUUCCGGGUGUUAUACGAUGCUGUCCGUCGCCUACAUCGCCGGAUUUCUGCUGGAAGACAAAGUGGUUUGCAAUGAGCAGUUCGAUAAUGAGUUCAGGACGGUGGUUCAAGGCACCAAAAAGGAAGGCUGCACCAUCCUGUUCAUGAUGCUGUACUUCUUCAGCAUGGCCAGCUCCAUCUGGUGGGUCAUUCUAGCGCUCACUUGGUUCCUCUCGGCCGGGAUGAAAUGGGGUCACGAGGCCAUUGAAGCAAAUUCGCAAUAUUUCCAUCUCGCAGCGUGGGCGGUGCCAGCCGUCAAGACCAUCACCAUCCUCGCGGUGGGUCAAGUGGAUGGAGAUGUGCUCAGCGGCGUCUGCUUCGUGGGCAUCAACAGCGUGGACGCGUUGCGCGGAUUCGUCCUGGCGCCGCUGUUCGUCUACCUGUUCAUCGGCACCUCGUUCCUCCUGGCGGGCUUCGUGUCUCUGUUCCGCAUCAGGACCAUUAUGAAGCACGACGGCACCAAAACGGAGAAGCUGGAGAAGCUGAUGGUGCGCAUCGGCAUCUUCAGCGUCCUCUACACGGUUCCAGCCACCAUCGUGAUCGCGUGUUACUUCUACGAGCAGGCCUUUCGGGAUCAGUGGGAACAGACGUGGAGCGCUCAAACGUGCAAGACGUACGCGGUGCCGUGCCCCGUGCACAACCCGCAGAUGAACCCGGAUUUCACGGUGUUCAUGAUCAAGUACCUGAUGACCCUGAUCGUGGGCAUCACGUCUGGAUUCUGGAUAUGGUCUGGAAAGACUCUUAACUCGUGGAGAAAGUUUUACACGAGACUGGCGAACAGCAAACAAGGAGAAACAACAGUGUGACUUAACUGCUUUUUUAUUUGUCACUUUUUCUGAUGGAAAAAACAACAGCAACUGUUUAAAGAGACGCCCUUCGCGUUGUACAUAAACAUUGUGAUUUUUUUGUAAGUAUAUAUUUGUAUUUAAAUCUCACUUGGAUUUCUUGGAUGUUCGUUUUUUUUUAAUCAAAGGAGCUUUUGUUGGACAAACCUUAACGUUUUGGAGAUUAUUUAUGCCUUUUCUCUUGGAUUAUUCUGGGUGGGGAUCUGUUUUUUAAGCUUGUAUGUAAAACUGUGUCUUUUUAUCGACAUCAGUAUUUCCAUGGGCAAAUAUUCAAACUUUUUACAUGCAAAUAAUGCAGAAAUAAUGAUAAUGUGUGUGAAUUGUGCACCCAGUACUUCAUGGGAAGAAUUGAGCUUUAAAUGAAAGCUUUAGGUCUGAGAUCAGAUGAAUUAUAGGACUGGAAUGUUUUAUGGAGGCUGAGACUAGGAGCUAGAACAAAAACAGUGAGUACCCAUGGUUGAUAUGUGCUUAACCCACCCUAAAGCGGGUUGCUGGUCUCCUGGCCUGGGCUUGGACAGCAGCAGUCUCAGGCUUGUUUUAAGAUGUACAGUUAAGUGCCUUUUUCAGUUCGGAGCAGCAUUGGGGUCAGGCCUGCACUUGUGUUUAACUCCAAGAAAUGUAUACAUUGUUCUUCUUCAGGCUGUACUUAACUUUGGUGAUGUUUCUGAAGGGUUUGUGUUCUCCUUUGGCUCUUUUGCACAGAAGUACCUCUAAACAUACAGCUAGAACAGGAUGGACGGUGUUUGCAAUGCACUUCUCAAAUAGUUUAAUGUCUGUGUUGGUAUCGUAACUAAUCCAUGAUGUGAAAAUUGGGAUGCAUAUAUGUAGCGAUAAACCGAUAUAUCGGCCGAUAUUUGGUCCUUUUGAGAUGAUCAGCAGUGAUAAUCAUGAAUGCUCAUCCUGUGUAUCAUUUCCAAAAUCUACCAGCAGGCCUCUUGAUCAAUAAUGCAAUUUGUUUUCAAAUAAUUGUAUUGAUUUUUAAGUCAUAUCGGUUGUAUAUCAGUCUGCGCUCUGGUCAUCGGUAUCAACAUCAGCUAUUAAAAACCCCACAUCACUUGAAUAGUUUAAUGCCCAUGUAACUAAUUAAUGAACAUGAUGUGAAAAUUAGAAUGUAUACUUUCGUGUAGUGGUAAACCGAUAUAUCGGCUGAUAUUUGCCCUUUUAGAGAUGAUCAGCAGCGAUAAUCACGAAUGCUCAUCCUGUGUAUCCUUUCCAAAAUCUGCCAGCAGGCCUCUUGAUCAAUAAUGCAAUUUGUUUUCAGAUCAUUUUAUUGAUUAUUAAGUAAUAUCGGUUGUAUAUCAGUCUGCACUCUGGUUAUCAGUAUUAACAUCAGCUAUUAAAAACCCCACAUCGAUCAAAUAGUUUAAUGCCCAUGUUAGUAAUGUAACUAAUCCACGAACAUGAUGUGAAAAUUGGGAUGCAGAGUUUUGUGUUGCGGUAAACCGAUAUAUCGGCCGAUAUUUUGCCCUUUUGAGAUGAUCAGCGAUAAUCAUGUCAACUUGUCUUGUGUAUCAUUUCCAAAAUCUACCAGCAGGUCUGUUAAUGGACAAUGCAAUUUGUUUUCAGAUAUUUUUAACUGAUUUUUAAGUUGUAUCGGUUGCAUAUUAGUAUGCGCUCUGGUUAUCGGUAUCAACAUCAUCUAUUAAAACCCCCACAUCGCUCAAGCACUACGUAAGCGUAAUUCACAUCAUCCUGUUCAUAAUUCUUCAGGGUUUGUUGUGUCAUUAUGUGCUUUUUAAAAAAAAUGUUCUUUACUGAACAUCAAAUAAUGUUGAUUCUUGAUUGUUUAUGGUGAUUAUCUCAUGCAAAUGAAUGUUUUUGUUUUCGCAAAGGAAUCUUUGUUUAAGGUGAUUACAGAAAGCACUGGUAGAUAGAGGCCUGCUCUUAAACUCCUGUUCUUGUGAGAUGCGUUUGCAUGGAUCGGAGAUGUAUUAAAUCACACUAGCAUUGAAGCCUGUAUUAGAGUUUUCUACACCGGUGACAUCUGUUAUUUUCUUCUUUCUCAUACUUCUGCUUGUGAUACUAUCAAAAACCCUUUAUAUUUAUAGACAAUAGUUUAUAUAUUAUUCACUUCUUUAAAGAAUAAACUUCACAUU